AUGAAGCUCAAGGAAAUUGACAGAACGGCCACCUUUGCGUGGUCGCCCAACAACUUGCGCAUUGCUACCGGAACCGUGGCUGGUACCGUGGAUGCUGACUUUUCGUCUUCAUCUCAGCUGGAGAUCUGGGACGUGGAUCUCAUGGACCGAUCCUCCGAGGGAUUCCGUCUUACCAAGCCCGCCGUGUCUAUCUCUGCCGAUACGCGUUUCCACGAUCUCGUCUGGCACAACACCGGCAAGCACAGCCUGAUCGUCGGAGCCACUGAGAGCGGCUCCCUCGAGGUGUGGGAGGCUGACAACAUCAAAGACUCCUCCACGUCUGUGUCUGUCAAGGAGCACUCGGGCCCUAUCAAGACCCUGCAAUUCGACCCCCACAACCCCACCAGACUGGUUUCCGGAGGCACCAAGGGUGAGAUCUUUGUGUGGGACUUGUCGGACCCCAAAAAGCCCAUUGCAAAGAAGCUCGGCACCGACAACAAGGCCGGCGACAUUGAGUCUUUGGCCUUCAACAACAUCACCAGAAACAUUCUCGCCACCUCAUCGUCCAAUGGUAUCACCACCAUCUGGAACGUGGACCAGAACAAGGAACUUACGCGUGUCAAGCACGACAAGCCUGUUUCCCACGUUGUCUGGCACCCCUCCAAACCCACCAAGCUGAUCACAGCCGUGGCUGAUGACGCCGAGCCUGUCAUGCUCAUCUGGGACCUCAAGAACGCAAAUGCACCCGAGGGUGUGCUGCAAGGCCACUCCAAGGGUAUCUUGUCUGUCGACUGGUGCCAGCUGGACCCCCGGUUCCUGCUGUCGUGUGGUAAGGAUAACCGAACCCUGCUGUGGAACCCGGACACCCACGAGUGUCUCGGUGAGUACGGUGCUGCUCAGAACUGGACCUUCAAGACUAAGCUCAAUGAACGAACCCCCGAUCUGUUUGCUACCGCGUCGUUCGAGGGCAAGAUUGUCAUUCAGACUCUGCAGGACGUGAAUGGAGGGGACGCUCCUGCCCAGGAGGGCGACUUUUUCCAAAACCUCGGCACCCAGUCGCAGGCCAAGAUUUCGCUCAAGCAGGCCCCCUCAUGGCUGCAGCGACCCGUGUCCAACUCGUUUGGAUUCGGAGGAAAGAUUGUCACUGUCACAACCACCGACGGCAAGAGUACUGUACAAGUUGGAAAGUUUGUGGGCGACAAGGUCGACACUGAAAGCAUCGAGGUUGUUCUGAAGGGAGACCUAACCUCGGCAUUUGACGAGGUCAAGGGCGCCGAGUGGAAGGUUCUCGAGGCUCUCAGCAAGGGCACUGACGAAGUCCGAUCUUUCCUGGACAUUCCCGUCAUGAAGGAGGAGCCUGCCGUGGAGGAUGACUCUGAAGAUGUUUUCAGCAAGAUGUCUCCUUCCGGUGCCUUCUCUCUAGAGUCUUCCGACCCCAUCAAUCAGGCCAUCAUCAACGGCAACCUCUCUACUGCCGUUGAUCUGUGUCUUAAGGAGGACCGGCUUCUGGACGCCUUUGCUCUGGCUGAGAAGGCCUCUGAUGCCGUCAAGACCAAGGUUCAGAACGCAUACUUUGCUAAGCAGACCUCCAGCACUGCUCGACUUCUCAACGCUGUCAACACCAACAAGCUUGACGACGUCGUUGAGAACGCUAAUCUCAAGGAUUGGAAGGAAAUUCUGGCUCUUCUAUACACUUACGGCGGAGCUCAGUUUGGCGAUCUGGCUGCUGCUCUUGGUGACCGACUUCGAGAGUCCGACCGAGACAAUGCCGCCACCUGUUACCUUGUGUCUGGCAAGCUCGACAAGGUCUCUGGUCUGUGGGAGUCUGAGAUCACUACACGAGAGAAGGAGCUGACCAAGGACAAUGUGGCUCCUUACACUGCCCACUUCUCCGCUCUCAAGGAGUUCAUCGAGAAGAUCUCCGUCUUCCGAAAGGCUACCAACGCCGUGGACUCUGGAACUGUGGAUGGUCUUUACAACAAGUACCGAGAGUUCGCCAACAUUGUGGCUUCCCAGGGCAACCUGGAGCUUGCUCAGCAGUUCCUUGCUCUUCUGCCUGCAUCCUUCGAGGGUGUUGGUCUUGAGCGAGAGCGACUCAACAAGGCUGCCAAGCCCUCCGUUGCCACCACUGCCACUAGCAAGGCCUCUGCCUACGGAAAGCCUUCUUAUGGCAGUGCUACCCCCCAGGCUUCUGCUUACACGCCUACCGCUUCUGCCUAUGGUUCCAUGUAUGCUCCUGCUGUCCCUGCCGCCGCUGCUCCUGCAGCCGCUGCUCCCCCACCCACUGCUGCUGCUGUGCCUCCUUCCCCUGCCAAGAACAUGUACGCUCCCCAGCCUCCUGCUCCUGUCACUGGUUUCGCUCCUGCAGCUCAGUCUCCUGGAGCUCCCCAGCAAAACACACACAACCCCUACAACCCCACUCCUCAGACUAAUGCUUAUGCUCCUCAGGGUAACGCCUACAGUGCUGCUCCCCAGCAGAACACCUACGGAAGGUCUACUCCCGGCGGAGGUCCUGUUCGAACCACAGCUCCUCGUCACGACACUGCUGGCUACAAUGAUCUGCCUGCAGGUUCUGUCCCUCCCCCUAAGAAGUCAGCUCCUAGCCCGGGUCCUAUCUCGUCUGCCUAUGCUCCCCCCACCCCUGCUGCUCCCUCAGCUCCCCCUGCUGGUGGUCCCCGACCUCCCUCUGUGAAUCGAGUCACCUCUCCCGGUGUGCCUAGCGGAGGUGUAAACGCCUAUGGCUUCCCUAUUGGAGGUGCACCCUCUCCUUAUGGAGCCCAGGCUGCGUACGGAGCUCGACCCCCUGUGCCUGCCGUGGUGUCUCCUCCCCCUCCUAACCCCUACGCUCCUGCCCACUCGCCUGCUCAGAACAAUGUCCAGCCUGCUGUUAACCCCUACGCUCCCGCCCCCGGCGCCGUGGUUUCUCCUCCUCCCGUACACGCUGGUAUUGUGCCUCCUCCUGCUCAGCGAUCUGCUCCCAGCAACCCCUACGCCCCUGCUCCUGGCGCCGGUGCUCCUCCUGCUAGCAACCCUUAUGCCCCCCCUACUGGUGGCUUCACUGGAGCUCCUGCUCCUCACGCAGGUGGAGGCUACACUGCUCCUCCUCCUGCUCAGGUUGCUCCUCCUCCCGCUGGUCCUCCUCGAAACAGCGUGGCUCCUCCCCCCGGAGGCCCCGCUCGAAACCCAGUGCCUUCUUCGCCUGCUCCCCCACCUGCAGCCGCCAAGCACCCUGCAGGAGACCGAACACACAUCCCUGCCACCUCGCGGCCCAUCUUCGACACCCUGUCCACGCAGUGGGCUGGUCUGAAACCUCACAUUCCUGAACAGUAUUCGAAGCACGUGCGGGAUGCUGAGAAGCGUCUCAACAUUCUGUAUGACCAUCUGAACAACGACGACGCCCAGCCCGAGAUGGUUGAGGAUCUGCUGAAGCUGUCCAACGCCAUUGCCCAGCGGGAUUUCCCCACUGCCCAGGCUCUGCAGCUUCAAAUUGCCACCGCUCGACCCGAUGAGUGUGGCAAGUGGAUGGUUGGUCUCAAGCGAUUUGUUGAAAUGGCUGCUGCCGUCAGGACUUGGUAG